AUGUCUUCGUCGAAGCAAGACAGCGCGUCAGUUACCGAAGGCACCGAAUAUAGGUUUGACCUUGGAUACUUCGGACGCAAAAUCUCGACUACCAGCCUAUCUGCCCAAAUAUGGUUCGACCGAGGCUUUACAUGGCUCUACACCUUCAACCACAUGGAAGCAGUACACUGUUUCAAAAAGGCAAUUUCAUUUGACUCUUCAUGUGCAAUGGCGUACUGGGGUAUUGCAUUCGCCUACGGACCCAAUUACAACCAUCCUUACGAGUUAUUCGAUGAAGAGCACCUCAAGUCUGUGUUGAAAGAGACUUACCAAGCGUCCAAAACCGCCAAAUCCCUGUCUGCGUCCGUCACGCCAAUUGAACAAGCUCUCAUCGAUGCCAUCAGUAUUCGAUUCCAGCAUGAGUCUCUUGUUCCAGUACAGCAACUCAUGUUGGAAGGUGUCCAAUAUUCAAAUGCCAUGAAAUCAGCGUACGAGAGAUUCGGUGCUGAUCUGGAUGUUGCCUGUCUGUAUGCCGACUCCAUGAUGACUUUGACUCCGUGGAAGCUUUACGAUCUGAAUACCGGUGAAGCUGCAGAGGGCGCCUGUACCUUGAAGAUCAGAGAAGUUCUAGAACGUGCUCUGGGGCGUCAAGAUGCACUGCAGCACCCUGGUCUACUUCAUAUGUACAUCCACCUAUCGGAGAUGUCGCCCAACCCCGAGCGUGGGAUUUCUGCCGCUGAUAACCUGAGAGAUCUUGUCCCUGAUGCCGGACAUGCGCAUCAUAUGCCAAUCCACUUGGAUAACUUAAUUGGAGACUACCGCCGGGCGAUUUCAUCCAAUAUGCAUGCUACUCUCGCCGAUGAAAAAUACUACAAUUAUGCUGGCGGCAAGAACUUCUACAGUCUGUACCGUCUUCACAAUUACCACUCUUUGAUCUACGCAGCAAUGUUUGCUGGUAAGAAAAAGAUCGCAUUGGAAACUGUGGACCGUAUGGAGGCAACUAUCCCCGAAGAUAUAUUGCGUGCGAAAUCUCCCAAUCUUGCUGAUUGGCUUGAGGGAUUUGUCGGUGUUCGUUUCCACGUGAUGGUGCGGUUUGGAAUGUGGGAGGAAAUAAUCAAGCUACAGCCUCCGCUUGAUCAAAACCUCUAUUGUGUGACGACCGCGACACUCCAUUAUGCGCGGGGUGUUGCAUAUGCCUCCUUGGGUCAUGUGAAAGAGGCUGAAUGGGAGCAAACACAAUACUUGGCCGCCAUUAAAAGCGUCCCGGGCACUCGUCGAACGCAUCCUAACCGAUCUGUCGAUAUUCUUCGUGUGGGAGUAUCUAUGCUGGAUGGGGAGAUCAAAUAUCGCCGCGGGGAUCAUACCGAGGGCUUUGCUGCUUUACGCCAUGCGAUACAUCUCGAGGACAACCUCGUGUUCAGUGAGCCCUGGGGGUGGAUGCAGCCUGUUCGCCAUGCUUAUGCUGCUCUUUCGUUAGAAAGGGGAAAUAUUGAAGAAGCCGCGGAGGCAUACAAGGCAGACCUCGGGUUGAGCGCAAAGUUGUACCGGGCUCACCACCACCCCAACAACGUCUGGGCUCUUCAGGGGUACUAUGAAUGCCUGACCAGAAUGGGAAAAGAUCAAGAGGCAAGUUUUGUUGAGCCACAGCUCAAGAUUGCGCUCGCUGUGGCAGAUGUUCCAGUCAAGUCUUCGUGCUUCUGUAGAUUAAAUACAUCAGAUGUCCCGGAUAUCUGCGUGCCGCCUUCCUGCUGCAAGUGA